AUGCAAACUGUUCGUCACAAAGCUUAUGCAUCUUAUGAAAAGAAAGACUUGAAGCUCGAAAGAAGACUUACACAAGUUGUGAAACACAAAAUUCUGAGUUUAUUGAGGAUAUUUUUAUGUUCUGUUUUAGUUGCAGCGUUGUCUGUUUGGAAGAAAAUAAAAACAAGCAAGUUGAAUAAGCUUAAAGACAUUUCCCACAGACACAGAAAACACACAAAAAUUGCAAUUUUAAUGCUACAUUUGUUAGGUAAAAGUGUAAUAAAACCAUUUCUCAACGAAACCAAUGAAAAUUUGUUUGAAGCUUUUAUAAGUUUUAUUAUGUGUGAUGAUGAAUAG